AUGCCCAAUGUGGAGGCACUUCAGGACUCGGAGCACAAGGAACACUAUGAGCUGCUGCGCAUCUUCAGUUUUGGCACGUACAACGACUACGUGGCCCGCAAGGACGAGCUGCCUGAACUCACGCCGCAGCAAGUGAACAAGCUCAGAAAACUGACGGUGGUGUCUCUCGCACUUAGAUUUAAGAAUAUCCCGUACGACACGUUGAUGCAGGAUCUCGAUGUGUCGACGGUGCGCGAAGUGGAAGAUAUCCUCAUCGACACUAUCUACUCUGGAUUGAUUCAAGGCAAACUGGACCAGAAGUUGCGAUGCUUCGUCGUCAAAUAUGCGGUAGGACGCGAUACGCGCCACGAAUAUAUCGACGACAUGAUUCAGAAGCUCACGACUUGGAAAGAACAAUCUGUUGAGAUCUGCGAGAAGAUUAACACCAUUCUCACAUUGGCGGAGAAGCAGCAGGAGGACGAAAAGACGAGGGAGGAAGGCAUUCGAACUAAAAUUGCUUCCCGAGCAAGUGAGCGUGGCAAGGGCUUUGCUUCUAGUGGCGCUGGUCUCCGUCCAGGCGAAGACUUUGCUCUGUACGCGGAGGCUGGACCUCGACGAGGAGCACCAUCCAAGCAGCGUAUGCACUCGAUGGGCCGCAAAGGUCGGAUUCAAUCGAGCAUGACAAUUCCAAGCCACGGUCAGCACCAUGGCGCGCAACGCAAGCGUCCAAUGCAGACAUCACGCCCAGGAUUUAAACAGCACAAGAAGCAUCAACACCGCUCUAUUAAUCCCAAUCCUGCUGUCUCGGAGCUGCAACGCACUCGCCAGCGCCUCCCCAUCUACGCACACCGCAGUAAAAUCAUCGAGGCAGUUAAUGACAAUCAAGUGGUGAUCCUUGUAGGCGAGACGGGAAGCGGUAAGACGACGCAGAUCCCGCAGUAUAUUUGGGAGAGCGAUCGUGCUCAUGCACGUGUAGCCAUCACGCAGCCACGUCGCGUCGCCGCCAUCACGGUGGCUCAACGUGUGUGUGAAGAGGCCAACCGCGGACCUCUGGGCGACUCCGUCGGCUACUGCGUCCGUUUCGACGACACGACGUCCAAGAACACGCGACUCAAGUUCAUGACGGACGGUAUGUUGGUACGAGAAGCGCUGCUGUCCCCCACGCUCGAGAGGUACUCGGUGGUAGUGCUGGAUGAGGCCCACGAACGUACACUGCAGACGGACAUCUUGUUUGGCAUUGUCAAGCGCGCCAUGCGCAAACGUAAAGAUCUUAAGGUAGUGGUCAUGUCUGCUACAUUGGAUGUGGCGCUGUUCAAGAGAUUCUUUCAGGACUUUAAGCCGGCGGUGAUUCAGAUUCCCGGCCGUAUGUUCCAAGUCGAUGUGUUCUACACAGCCAAAACCCAGCCUGAUUAUCUAGACUCGGCGUUGGUUGCAGUGCUGCAAAUUCAUUUAGAGGAGAAGACGAGCAAUGGCAGUAUCCUGGUGUUCUUGACAGGCCAGGAAGAUAUUGAAACGCUGGAGACGCUGCUGGAAGAGUACGCUCGAUCACUACCCGCCGAUGCAUUGAAGCUCAUGGUGUGUCCAAUUUUUGCUGCUAUGCCGCGUGAGCAACAGAUGAAGGUGUUUGAACCGGCACCUGCAGGAGUGCGCAAGGUGAUUCUAGCCACGAAUAUUGCAGAGACUUCAAUUACUAUCAACGGCGUCCGCUAUGUCGUAGACACGGGGCUUGUCAAGCAACGCUCGUUCGUUGCCUCGAGCGGUAUGGAAAUGCUGCAGACCGAGUCGGUAUCGAAAGCUCAAGCGUGGCAGCGUACAGGUCGCGCUGGUCGAGAGGCUCCCGGCAUUUGCUACCGGUUGUUCCCGGAAGAGACAUUCGAACAGCUUCCAGAGCGGGCGAUUCCUGAUAUCCAACGCGUCAGUCUGGAGGUCGUGGUGUUGCAGCUGAAAAUCAUGGGCAUUGACGAUGCGUUGGCCUUUGAUUUCAUUGAAAAACCUCUCAAGACGUCUCUUGUCAAGGCUCUUGAGAAACUGUACGCUCUGGGUGCACUGGAUAACAAGGGAAAGUUGACCACGCUUGGUCGACAAAUGGCUGGUCUUCCCGUGGAGCCCAUGUACGCUGUGAUGCUCUUGAAGGCGACGGAAUUGGGCUGUGCUGAAGAAGCGCUCAGUGUCGUGGCUAUGUUGUCUGUUGAGUCGAUCUUUUACUCUCCCCGCGACAAAAAGGCAGAGGCAGCGCAGUCCCGUGCUCGGUUCGUCGCGUACGAAGGUGAUCAGAUCACACUGCUGAACGUCUUCAAUGGGUACAUUCAGUGCGGCUCGAAACAGCGCAACAAGUGGUGUCGUGACCACUACAUUAACCAUCGCGCCAUGACGCGUGUGGAGAGCGUGAGAUUGCAGCUUAAAGGUUACUUGGAGAAGCUGGAGCUGCCCAUCGACACGAGCUUCCCUGACAUUGACCCAUUGCGUAAGAGCAUUGUGGCCGGUUUCUUCCUCAAUACAGCAAUGCGGUCCGUCGCUGAGGGUCUGGGUGGAUCCAAGACGGCGUACAAGACCAUGUGCGGACGCUCGGAGAUCGUUAAGGUGCACCCGUCAUCGUCGUUGUUCAUGCGCAACCCGCCGCCCAAGUGGGUGGUGUACAACGAGCUGGUGUUCACGAGCAAGCACUAUAUUCGGUCGGUGCUUGUAAUUGAAAAGGAGUGGCUUGUGGAGCUGGCGCCAACGUUUUUUGCCAAAAAGAACAACACCGAUAAAUAG